AUGAAAUUUUACAGACAAUGGAGAGGUGCUAGCAACUUUAUUUUAGGCGACGCUGAACGAGAGUCGAGAUUGGUGACACAUAUAGAAUACCUUCCUCCAUAUGAUGCAUUAGCAUCUUGGAGUGAUUCAUCAUCAAAAUUAAAACCAUUAUUUCAACCUGGUGUAAGCAGUGCGUUCUGCUACCGCGUGCACCACCUUCUCCAAAUGCGAAACAGAGAAUUGUAUGAGAAGAUAGAUCCGGAGCCUUUGCAAUCAGAUCAAAGCGAAUUCACAAAAUGGAAAAAAAUGUCAAACUACGUAAUUGUACGGAACAAAUGUUCAAUGAUAAUAUAUUUUAUAAAAGGUAUAAAUAGGAAAUGUCCAGAAAAUUCUUCAGUUUUUGACCGCACAAGUAUCUCAAUUUUGACGUCCCAAUCGUCAGAUGAUCUGCAUCUUCGAUGGGAUUGUUCGGACCGCAUUCAAGAAAAAAUAACCAAAUUCAAAUAUGCUUUAAUCGAGGCUUGUAGAAACAACACAUGCUUAGAUAAAUCAAACAGGAAUUUACAAUCCCUUGUAUUCACUAAACUUAAUUACCUAUCUCUAGAAGGUAUUCGCAGACUGGAGAAAAAAGACGAAGUAAGCCACCAUUACCUACUGUAUAAAAAUAGUGUGAAUGGAAAAUAA